CGGCGGCGGCUGGGGCGCGGGGCUGGGGCCGCCCGGCCCUGGGCGCCCGCGGCCCCCGGGGCAGCUGACGCGCGGAGCGGCCGCCGGCGCUUUGUGAGCGGCGCGGACAACAAAGGCGCGGCCGGGCGGCCGGAGCCGGCGAGCGGCUGGGACGGUGCUGGUUUGAGCUGGACCUUGUCUGAUGGCUUCCUCCAACCCUCCUCCACAGGCUGCCAUAGGAGAUCAGCUGGUUCCUGGAGGCCCUGGCCCCUCCCCUGAGGCGGAGGACGACCCUGGAGAGGCUUUCGAGUUUGACGACAGUGACGAUGACGAGGACACCAGCACUGGCCUGGCCGUCCUGGGCAUUGCUCCCGAGAAGGACAUUGAUGCCCCACUGAUCCACUGGGACUCCGCCCCCAUCGCUGACCCAGACCCAGACCCAGACCCAGACCCAGACCCGGUAGCCUCACCACCCCAGACACAGGUGCCACCGGUGGUGAGCAACGGGGAUGCUGUGGGUGCUGCUCUCUCCGGGGUCCGGCGCUCCAGCUGGAAGCGGAAGAGCUCCCGCCGGAUCGACCGAUUCACUUUCCCCGCCCUGGAAGAAGAUGUGAUUUACGACGACGUGCCCUGCGAGAACCUGGAUGCCCAUCAACCCGGGGCAGAGAGGAGCCUGCUCUACGAGGAUGUGCAUCGGGACGGAGCGCCCAGGGAGCCCGAGGACCUAGGCUGGAGCUCCAGUGAGUUUGAGAGCUACAGUGAGGACUCGGGGGAGGAGGCCAAGCCAGAGGCCGAGCCCGCCAAGCACCGAGUGUCCUUCCAGCCCAAGCUUUCUCCAGACCUGACUAGGCUAAAGGAGAGAUACGCCAGGACUAAGAGAGACAUCUUGGCUUUAAGAGCCGGGGGGAGAGACGUGCAGGCGCUGAAGCACAAGUACGACUGUAAGAUGACCCAGCUCAUGAAGGCUGCAAAGAGCGGGACCAGGGACGGGCUGGAGAAGACGAGGAUGGCCGUCAUGCGCAAAGUGUCCUUUCUGCACAGGAAGGACGUCCUCGGUGACUCGGAGGAGGAGGACAUGGGACUCCUGGAGGUCAGCGUUACGGACAUCAAGCCCCCGGCCCCGGAGCUGGGCCCCAUGCCGGAUGGCCUGAGCCCUCAGCAGGUGGUCCGGAGGCACAUCCUGGGCUCCAUUGUGCAGAGUGAAGGCAGCUACGUGGAGUCUUUGAAGCGGGUACUCCAGGAUUACCGGAACCCCCUGAUGGAGAUGGAACCCAAGGUGCUGAGCGCCCGUAAGUGCCAGGUGGUGUUCUUCCGCGUGAAGGAGAUCCUACACUGCCACUCCAUGUUCCAGAUAGCCCUGUCCUCCCGGGUGGCCGAGUGGGACUCCACCGAGAAGAUUGGGGACCUCUUCGUGGCUUCAUUCUCCAAGUCCAUGGUGCUAGACGUCUACAGCGACUAUGUGAACAACUUCACCAACGCCAUGUCCAUCAUCAAGAAGGCCUGUCUCACCAAGCCUGCCUUCCUCGAGUUCCUCAAGCGUCGGCAGGUAUGCAGCCCCGACCGCGUCACGCUCUACGGGCUGAUGGUGAAGCCGAUCCAGAGGUUCCCGCAGUUCAUCCUCCUGCUUCAGGACAUGCUGAAGAACACCCCCAGGGGCCACCCGGACAGGCUGUCCCUGCAGCUCGCCCUCACGGAGCUGGAGACGCUGGCCGAGAAGCUCAACGAGCAGAAGCGGCUGGCCGACCAGGUGGCCGAGAUCCAACAGCUGACCAAGAGCGUCAGUGACCGCAGCAGCCUCAACAAGCUACUGACCUCGGGUCAGCGGCAGCUGCUCCUAUGUGAGACGCUGACAGAGACCGUGUACGGUGACCGUGGGCAGCUGAUCAAGUCCAAGGAGCGUAGGGUGUUCCUACUCAAUGACAUGCUGGUCUGUGCCAACAUCAACUUCAAGCCUGCCAACCACAGGGGCCAGCUGGAGAUCAGCAGCCUGGUGCCCCUGGGGCCCAAGUACGUGGUCAAGUGGAACACAGCACUGCCCCAGGUGCAGGUGGUGGAGGUGGGCCAGGAUGGCAGCUCCUACGACAAGGACAACGUGCUCAUCCAGCACGCAGGCACCAAGAAGGCCUCUGCCGCAGGCCAGGCCCAGAAUAAGGUGUAUUUCGGCCCCCCGCGCCUCUUCCAGGAGCUGCAGGAUCUGCAGAAGGACCUGGCUGUCGUAGAGCAGAUAACCUUCCUCAUCAGCACGCUGCACGGCACCUACCAGAACCUGAACAUGACCGUGGCUCAAGACUGGUGCCUGGCCCUGCAGAGGCUGAUGCGGGUGAAGGAGGAGGAGAUCCACUCGGCCAACAAGUGCCGUCUCAGGCUCCUGCUUCCUGGAAAACCUGACAAAUCUGGCCGCCCCAUCAGCUUCAUGGUGGUCUUCAUCACCCCCAACCCCCUGAGCAAGAUCUCCUGGGUCAACAGGUUGCACCUGGCCAAGAUCGGACUCCGGGAGGAGAACCAGCCGGGCUGGCUGUGUCCGGACGAGGACAAGAAAAGCAGAGCCCCGUUCUGGUGCCCCAUCCUGGCCUGCUGCAUUCCUGCCUUCUCCCCCCGGGGCCUCAGCCUGCAGCUUGGGGCCCUGGUCCACAGUCCUGUCAGCUGUCCCCUGCUGGGUUUCUCGGCGGUGAGCACGUCCCUUCCACAGGGCUACCUCUGGGUCGGGGGCGGGCAGGAAGGUGCAGGGGGCCAGGUUGAGAUCUUCUCCUUGAACCGGCCCUCGCCGCGCACGGUCAAGUCCUUCCCGCUGGCAGCCCCUGUGCUCUGCAUGGAGUACAUUCCCGAGCCGGAGGAGGGGGAGAGCGGAGACGAGGGCCACGUGGCCGCUGAGCCCUCAGCUGCAGUGCAUCCGACCAUCUGCCUCGGGCUCCAGGAUGGCAGCAUCCUGGUUUACGGCAGCGUGGACACGGGUACCCAGUGCCUGGCGACCUGCAGGAGCCCAGGCCUGCAGCCUGUGCUCUGCCUGCGGCAUAGCCCCUUCCACCUGUUCGCUGGUUUGCAGGAUGGGACCGUCGCCGCCUACCCUCGGGCCAGUGGUGGUGUCCCCUGGGACCUGGAGAGCCCUCCUGUGUGCCUGACUGUGGGGCCAGGACCUGUCCGCACCCUGCUGAGCCUGGAGGAUGCCGUGUGGGCCAGCUGUGGGCCUCGGGUCACUGUGUUAGAUGCCACUAGCUUGCAGACUCAGCAAAGCUUCGAGGCGCAUCAGGACGAGGCCGUGAGUGUGACGCACAUGGUGAAGGCGGGUAGCGGCGUCUGGAUGGCCUUCUCCUCUGGUUCCUCCAUCCGCCUCUUCCACACUGAGACACUGGAACAUCUGCAGGAGAUCAACAUCGCCACCAGGACCACCUUCCUCCUGCCGGCUUCAUCUGGGGGCAGAGGAGGGGAGAGAAAGAAUCAGCCUGUCAGGCCGUCCGAGGCGGGACUGGCGGGCAGACCCGGAUGCAGGUGGACAGCCGCAGCCCCCUCGGGCACAACUGUGACUUUACCACGUGAGCUCAAAAUGCAUCUGCACACCCACUGGCUUACUUGUUCUCCGCAGUUACCCUUUGAAGAAGGAAGGGCGUUCGCUAUCUUAUGAUUAUGUCAGGGCCAGGUAAAUGGAGGCCCCGGAGCCUAAAUGACCUCCUGGAAGGUCACACGCCCAGGAGGCCGGAGCCAGGCCCCUAAUUGCAGCGUCUCCGAGACUUACUGGGCAGCGUCCCCAUUCCCAGGCCUCAGUUGCCCCAUCUGUACACGGAGGGGCCGAGAUCUGAGUCGGAGCCUGGCCGUGGGGCCCAGGGCAGACCAGAGCUGGAGUCAGGCUGGCUCUGCUGCCGCCCAGCCCCGUGACCCGGGGCGGGUGGGGAACCCCUGGGAUCCCCGGUCCCUGCCUCCCAGGGAGGUUGGGCCUUGCCUGAGGCGGUGCAGGGACAGCACCCCAUAGUCUCUGGCUGGAGUGAGUCCUGGUCCACGGCAGUGUCAUUCUUUGGCAUCAUCUUCGUUCUCAUCUUCGUGGCCAUCCCUGCCCCUCGCCGUACCCGCCCUGUGGGCUGCACAUCUCCCAGGGUGCCUCCCUGCUCGGUCCCCACUCUCCACCCCAUGUCCUUCCGGCUGCACCUGCUACAUCCAGCAGACAGAAGCCACCUCCCUGGGGCUGGGCCCUGGGACAUGUGGGCGGGGGGGGGGGGAGGCUUAGUUUCCCCAGGGGUUAGUGCCCUGGGCCUCCUCUGCCAGGCCUGACCGUUCCUAGUCAGUGACACCGUGGAGCCUGGGGCUGGGGCCAGGACCCCCCCAAACCCCAGAAGAGCCGGGCCGGAGCUGCCCCAGGGAGAGGGCGGCUUCAGACCCGUUUCACACUGUGCCCCUGGCGGAAGAACAACAGAGCAGGAUUCGUAAAUUCUUUAUUAGAAAUAUUUUUAAAAGGCUUUUAAGUAUUUUUUUUCUUCCCCCACACCACCAAAUGAAAUAAUUGCAUAAUUAGUAAUAAAUUUGUUCCUCCUCUAAGUGUGGACUUUUUUAAGGGCGUGUUAAAAAUUUAUCACACUUCCUUCCCCCGACCCCUUUCUUCCUCUCGUGUACCCGGCUGGUAUUAAUGCAUUUUUUGAACCUAAACUCCCCCCCCCUCCUCCUAACUAGACAGGUCAUUAAUAAAAUGUUCUCCAAGA